UGAAGGUGAAAAUGAUGGGCAUGGGCAUUUUGGAGCAAAUUGUCAUUAUUAUGAUAAGAAAAAAUGGCAGUGUGGCAAACCUUCUGUUAUAAAAGCUCAUUUAGCACUUUAUUGUAAAGAACCAGAUUUAUUAAAUUUUUUGCAAUCUGGUUAUACUCUACCACAUAAUGAUACUCUUUUAGGACCAGUACUUGAUGGAGAAAUUGCAUAA